GAGCUGGAGUGCCGCCACGACAGCCACUGCCUGACGUCCUUCGAAGCAGAGACGGGUUGUUACAAGGCACAGCGGCACCUCUCCACGGAGAAGUGCCAUCUUCACCAUGACCAUCUGGACAGCACUCAAGGCCGCUUGCAGCACCCAGUCUCCGGACGACUCUGUCGGGCGGACGGAAGCGGGUACCAGUGCAUCUUGGCGGAGACAUCUCACCAUCCCGUGCUUCACUUCGCAAAGGCUCCGGUCGAGUGGGUGGCAAUGAGGGCUGACUUCUCUUUGCAGCUGGAGCUAGCGGCUCUGCAGGCCGAGUAA